UCUCGGUUUUUGGUGCUUUAAGAAAAAAAAAUUAAAUGAAAGAAAAUUGUCGCUCUUUAGCAUAAUAACAGAUCGUCAAACUUCAAUCAACCGUGCCGUGACUUCUAAUCAUCAUUUAAAGUUCAAGUGUAAAGUGGAAAGGAAAUUCUUUUAAUCAAUAUAAAGUGAAAGCUAACUUCACAAAGAGGAAAGCGAAUUGAUAAAAACGGAAAAGAGUUAAUUGAAAUGCGAAAAUGGUUCGAGUGUUUUCAAUCGAUCGCAUGACAGUGAUUACAAAAGUUCUCAUUGAACAGUGAUUUAUCCAUCUUUUGAAAGAAAUUUUAUGAAGCAUCACAUCGAACAUAGAUUAGUUGAAAAGAAAGAAAACAGUGGAUAUUAAUAAUAUGGCCGCAAUGUGGUUGUUGUGAAAAUAAACAAAUAAUUAAUAAUCGUAAGUGAAAAUGAUUUGAAAAAUAAAAUCGAUCAUAAAUGAGAAUCAGAAGGAAUCGAGACGAACAUUUUCUGAUUUCUUUCUCCUAUUUCUUCGCUAAUCUUCCUAAAUACUAAGCAUCAUCUCGUUCCUGCUUUCAAGAGUUGUAAUCUCAACUCAUUCAACAAUCACACAAUAUCUGUUGGGACUGAAAUCAAGUCUCAUUCAAAUAAAGAAUCUCUUCACAAUUCAAAGAUUUUAAAUACCCGGUCUUUAAUGAGUAAUAGUGCAAUGGUGGCAGUAGCGAUUUGUUGUAUACUCGUGCUGUUAGCCGUCUUCAUAGUGCUCAUAAUUGUCGUUGGACAAACAAUGGGAGAGCCAAAGUGAGAUAAACUACAGUUGGGGCCUUUCGGCACAGUCAACGAACAUGGAUAGCCGAGGCCCCCCAGUUGUUAGGUUUCACUAGAGCAUUUUAUGCUCGAGGAAGAAAAUUGUUGAUAAAUUAAAAUCUCGUAAAUUCGUUUAAAAUUCAAAAAGUGCUGAAAGCUGAUAUUUUAGAAGGAAAAACCCUUCCAAAGCAUUUUUGUUUUGUUUUGAUAACAUUCUGGAUACAAAAUUGGAUACGAGAGAUGAGAAAAGUUCACAUAAAUUCAUAAAAAUUUUUAAAUUAUUUCCUCAUAAUAUGAAAAGGAGAAAUUAUGAAAUGUUUGAACGUAGUGGAAAAUUUAAAGUGAGAGAAACAACAUCAGGAAUCAAGCACAAAUGGAAUAACAUUCAUCAGUUUGGUGAAAAUGAAAAGUUUUAAAAAGGAAAAACAAAAGCUUUUGAAAAAGUUUGAGAUCCAUUAUGUAAAUAAAUUUGAUGGCAGUCAGUGUCAAACAACACACAGAAUAUGAUGAGAGGCGGAAAACAGAGAUAACAGCAUUGAAAUCCUAUGACAACUGACUUGAACAGACACUUUCAAACAUUCAUUUAUCAGACUAAUUGAUUAUCAUUUUAUCCAUCUUCUAAUUAUGUCGAUUUGACCAAUUCUUUUGUUCUUCCGAUAAAAAAAAUUCAGAUUCAUUAAAUAGCUUUCAUUGAAUGAAUUCAUUCGAAAAGAUUGCUUGAGCCAAGUGACAUUGAAGUGUUGUUACACAUUUUAUUAGAUUUCAAUAAAUAUUCAAUUUGCUAUCGAUCAUUCACUGGAACAGUUGGAGUUUAUGAGAG